UUGGCCCCUGCUUCGGAUAAACGGGAGGCUCAAAUCAGGCUCCGUUUGAGUCAAUCGGCUGGUCGUUGAGUCAUUCUUGACCUCGGCUUGGAGUCAACCGAUCGAUGCAGACCGGGCGGACAUGUCAGUCUAGAUGUGCUUUUCUUGACUGCAUUGUGAGGGUAUAGCUCCUGGGAAACCGUGGUGUGACGGUCUAUGGAAGUACACCAUGUGAUGGCAUCCUCUUGUUGGGCCCCAUAGUGGGUGGGGUCACUAGGAGCUGAAUUUUUUCCCUAAUUAUGGAUUCAAAAAAUUCAAAAAGUUCUUGUGCACCAGCAACAAAAACAAACAAAAAAAAUCUUCACUAAUCCAGCGUACUUAGUAAUGCACACAACCGGAGAAAAACCCUUGGCUAAAGCUUCUCCUUUCUUGAUUCAAAAAUUGUUUGAAUCGACCAUUGGACAGUUGAAAAAAAUACAAAAAUUAAGAUCAGGAGAUUUACUGGUGGAAACAGCUUCCCCACAACAAUCGGCAAAACUUCUGGAAACAAAGACCCUAGGAGAAAUGGAAGUCACUGUCACCCCACAUGUGAGCCUAAACAAAUCACGUGGGGUAAUAUCUGAGAUCAAUCUGAUAUCUGAAGAUGAAUCAGAUAUUCAGAUUGGCCUUUCAGACCAAGGUGUUACUGCUGUCCGACGCAUUUCCAUUUGUCGAGAUGGCAAGUUGAUUCCCACCAAACACCUUAUUUUGACAUUUAAUAAACCGACUUUGCCAUCUGUUAUUACAGCAGGUUAUCUGCGCUGCCCAGUUCGCCCAUAUGUUCCAAAUUUGCUGCGUUGCUUUAAAUGCCAGCGAUUUGGACAUUCAGAAACAUUGUGCUGAGGGAAAAGCAUAUGCGC